AGCGACGUUUGGAACGUAUCGUGACGUAAUCGUGAAUCCUCUCUCGGUCCACGUUUUCGUUAAUCUUUUUUUCUCGUACUACCAAAUCGUUGUUUUUGUUUCGACAACAGGAAAAAAUAAACGUCUUUUACAAUGUAGUUGAAAAAUUGAAAAUAAUUGAAACGUGAUUGAUUGUGAGGAUUAAAAACAAGAAGUGAGAGUUUCGUGACUGAAAAUCAGGGAAGGCGCUCGAAAACGGUAACAAAACUCCGUCAUGAACCUAACGUAUCAUCGAUAUUAUUGAUCGAGACUGGCUAUUUCGUACUUUCGUGAAAAAAUUAACAAACAGGUGUUGUAAAAACCAAAAGCAAUCGGUUUUAAUGUUGAACGAGAGUGCGUGUACGUUUUCUCGAGAGACAAUCGGAGUGCGUUAUUUCGUUGAAGAUUCUUCAUUACAAAACGACAGUGUUAGUGUGUGAGCGAGCACGAGUGAGAGGAAAGUGACGUUCGGACGACUCAUCGUCGUUUGUUUCUUUUUAUUCUCUCCGUUCUCGUCGCUUUCGGAGAUUGACCCAACGUCUAUCGGUUUCCGGCAACACCACUUUGAUGGAUGACGAGGAGUAUCAACAACAGAACAGGAACGAAGCAUCAAGCGGCAGUAAUAUUCUUAAAUAUGGAAACGGAGUUUCCCUCAUCCUCAGCGACGAGAAUGAUCUGGAGGAUCUACUCAACGCCGAGAAACAGAGUAACCUCGGGGACUUGACGUUUUGCAUGGCUAAUUAUAUCAAAGAUGCUAUGAAGAUGAUGUUCAUGAUGCGGAGUCAUCACAUGCUCACCGACGUCAUUCUCGAAGUCGGUUCUGAACUUUUUCACGCUCAUAAAGUUAUUCUCGCUGCUGCCAGUCCCUAUUUCAAGGCAAUGUUCACGGGAGGACUCAAAGAGUGCGAAAUGACCAGAGUGAAACUGCAAGGCGUUUGUCCAACGGCAAUGGCGAGGCUGAUGUACUUCAUGUACACCGGACAAAUUCGAGUGACCGAGGUCACCGUCUGCUCGCUUCUACCCGCAGCCACUAUGUUCCAGGUUAGCAACGUAAUCGACGCGUGUUGUACUUUUCUGGAGCGCCAAUUGGAUCCAACGAACGCAAUCGGUAUAGCGAAUUUCGCGGAGCAGCAUGGCUGUCACAGCCUUUGUCACAAGGCGAAUCAGUUCAUAGUGCAGCAUUUUAAUCAGAUUUGUCAGGAGGAAGAAUUUCUGCAGCUGUCGGCGAUCCAGUUGAUAUCGCUGGUGAGGAAGGACGAGCUCAACGUGCAGGAAGAGCGCGAGGUUUACAACGCUGUGUUGAAGUGGGUGAAAUACAACGAAGAAGCCCGAGGUCCAAAAAUGGAGCACAUUCUGCACGCUGUACGCUGCCAAUACUUGACGCCCAAUUUUUUGCGCGAGCAAAUGAAAAAUUGUGACGUUUUGAAAAAAGUUCCUGCCUGUCGCGAAUAUCUCGCACAAAUAUUCAAGGACUUGACUCUCCACAAAAAACCCAUCGUCAAAGAAAGAACGCCCAACACGCCGCGAGUCAUUUAUAUCGCUGGAGGCUUUUACAAAAAUUCUCUUGACAUUCUCGAAGGCUACAACGCCGAUGACAAAACGUGGACUCAACAUGCCAAAUUAAUUGUACCACGAUCCGGCCUCGGUGGUGCAUUCCUCAAGGGAAUGUUUUACGCCGUCGGAGGACGCAAUAACUCUCCUGACACGAGUUUGCGUGUUUGUUUUUCCAGAUACGAUAGCGAUUGGGUCGACAGAUACAACCCAGUUACGGAUCAGUGGAGGCCCUGCAGUCCAAUGUCACUAGCUCGAAACCGUGUCGGCGUAGCUGUUAUGGAUGGUUUAUUAUACGCUGUUGGUGGCAGUGCUGGUGUUGAAUAUCACAAUAGCGUCGAAUGUUUUGAUCCCGAUAUGGACCAAUGGACCAAUGUCAAACCAAUGCAUGUCAAAAGAUUAGGCGUCGGAGUCGCCGUUGUAAAUAGAUUAUUGUACGCGAUCGGCGGGUUCGAUGGGACACACCGACUGAACUCGGUCGAGUGUUACCAUCCGGAGAACGACGAAUGGACAAUGGUCACAUCGAUGAAAUGCAGCCGGUCCGGAGCUGGGGUCGCCAGUCUCGGACAAUUUAUUUAUGUUGUUGGUGGAUACGAUGGCAAUGAACAAUUGAAUACGGUAGAACGUUAUGACACCGAAAACGACCAGUGGGAAUACAUUAGCAGCGUUUCCAUCGCACGAAGCGCUUUGAGCGUCACUGUUCUCGAUGGCAAAUUAUACGCCAUGGGUGGUUACGAUGGAACGACAUUUUUAAGUAUUGUUGAAAUAUACGAUCCGGGGAAAGAUCUGUGGGAGCUAGGACUACCGAUGACUUCCGGCAGAUCGGGUCACGCGAGUGCGGUUUCGUAUUAUCAAUGUCCGUUGCAUUGCGAUCACUUGGAACACAAUAUCGCGCAAGAGCCCGCGCCUUCGUGAUGUCAAGCCGAUUGUCAUUUCGUGAAAAUGAAGAGAAUACUAUUUCAUCAGUGAUUGUUCUGUCGAGAUUGGAAAUAGUUCGGAAACGGUAGAAAUUCAUACGCGAGUAACCGGAAAAACGGUGAAAAACGUAGCUCCCGAAUUGCGAAUCUCGUCGUUAUAAUGUUGUACAGAAUGAUUAACAAAAAACAAUUAUCGUCAAAAACUGAAAGUUGAUGGGAGAAAGAGUAAGACAUUUUUAAGCGACGAUAAGCCAUCAUGACUCGAGCCCCCACGACGCAUUCCUCAAAAUUCGAGCGCUUCUCAUGAACCAACAUACUCAAAGUCAAAUUAUCGUGUGAAAUACUGUGUGAAAAAAUAAUAAAAUGUAAAAAUUCGAGUUGGUUCGUUACCUUAGAUUUAAUCAUAAGUCUCGUUUUCUUGAGUGUUCUUUUUUUUUUAAAAUAAGAUUAUGAAAAAUGAUGAUUGGACUGCAUUAGCCAGUAAAGAUGUAUUAUAAAUAAAGUGACAAAUAUGUAAGAUCGUUUGUCGAUACUGACAUGAAUGAAAAUAUAUCGAAUGAGUUGCUCCAGACUUGGAUCAAUGAA